CAUUCUCAGAUGUUUCUCGAUUUUCUCCACCGCCUUAUCUUCCUUCUCUAAUAAUAUAUCUUUCUUUCUCUUUCUCUUGCUUUCUGGAUGGUUCCAUCCACUGCCCUAGACGGCGUCAUACCGCCCACCACCUGUAAUACCGAAGUUUCCUUUUCCUUUCCACCUCCUUCUGUAUUUCGAUUACGGCUCCACUCGAUCUGCUCGACCUCCGGCAUCAGCAUGCAACUUUGUCGUCUCCGACUUCAUCGAUCUGCUGAAAAAAUUAAUCAAUGACGAGAUGAAAGAUCUAGAUAAAGAUGAUAGAGAAGAAACACGAAGGAAAUUGGUGGCGAUGGCGUUUGUCAUAGUCAGAGAAAAACGAUGUUGGAGGGGAGCUGGUGACGCUGGCGCCAAAGUACCCCUAUUAUUCCGUCGGCUUCACCUCUGUUACCCUUAUUCCUCCAUUGACUUCGCUUCCGUGUUUCCUCCCAGUAAAACCCCUAAGUUCGACCAACCAUCGCCGCGUCGGAGUCAGCUUCAGAGACCCGGUCAGAUAUUGUAUAUCUCCGGGGAGCUUCACUAAAGAAAACGCGAGGAAGCUCCGGCUGUACACAAUGGAACGGAGUCGUUUGACGAUGUGAAUGGAAACGGAGUCGUUUCACGAUGUGAUGUAUGGGUUCAUCUGACUACAGAGGGCAUUCUUCUUCUGUAACGCCUUCCUAUACUUCUUCAACACCUAAUGCAUCCCUAAAGUUUAGGAACCAAAUGAUUCGACUCAGCCAUUGAUGCGACUUCAAGCCAAAGAUGAAACAUCGACAAAAUUGACGAAUAACAUGCCACAUAAGGCUUUUUUCUCUAUGAGGUCAGGUGAAAGAAAGUAUGUUGAUGUCCGCUGGAUUGAGCCUUUUCAACAUUGUAUUUAUUGACAAAGCUUCAAUUUCUGAAUCAUGAAUCGGAAGUACAGAUUUAAAAGUGAUUAAUUUACCGAUACUGCGUUUCACUGUUCACCGACUGGAGUAGACGUAACUCAAGCCUCAAGCCCAGAUGGUAAAUCGAAGUCUUCAAUAAAUUAGGGUUUGAUUUCGUGGUAAUAAGAGUUUUUUGGACUGUUAAGCCUUUCCUUGAUGACCACUGUGAUGAAACGGUGACAUAUCAAUGCUUAAUUCAUUACAUGUAAAGCUCAACACAUUUUUUUUUCGUUCACUGAUCAUUUUGACAGAAACGAUACAUAGCUUGGACUUAAAAAAUUGGCACAGGUUUAAGGAGAGUCGGUUAUGGUUUUUUUGGAAGAUUAAACGGAGGUUUCGGAAGCUGCUGCUAGAGAGCAUGUCUUUGGGGAAGCAGACGAUUAAACAUGCCCAAAUUGCCCUUCACUUUAUAGUGAAAGUGAAGCACAGAUUAAUACGGAAGAAAUCAGAUUUAUGGUUGAAAGCGAUGGUCCUGCUAAAGGAAUUGUAUUCAGCCAGAUUGAAAAAGAUCCGCUUCACAAGAUCUGGCCUCAGUCUCCAUCAGUUACUAAUCACUUGCAUCUCACAAUGGCCAUUCAUUGAGAAUCCAUCAACCAAAUUUUCAGUUUCGGUGACACCAUGGCUGGCAAAUUCUGAAAUCGGAGAAUUUGCGGAUUUUGAUGAUAUCCAUCGGUGGUGA